UCUAUAAUUCCAUUCUACAUUUACAACUUGACAACUGUUGAAUCAAUCACGUUUGCUUUCGCUGGUGACCAACCCCUCACCGCUCGGCGGCGCAAAUUGUUGGCCCAAUAGCGGAUACACGGCUAUUUCCCCUGCUAGUCCUUUUGGCCCUUCCAUACAGUAAACUUGCCGGCGUUUUGCCGCCGCAUAGUUAGCUAGUGCCCUUGGGGCCCAUUCACGCCGCACGGAGCGAGCUGCCAUGCCGCUCCAUCUUGUGGAGACUUCCGAUGAGGAUAGCUUUGUUAGCGUUGCGCAGCAUGUAUCGGAGCUCUUGAAUGAAGGACAGACGCGGACAGCUUUGGCAGAUACGCCAGCGACAGUGUUUCUCAAUGAUUGCCAGAACCUAGUUCAGGAACAACGAUAUGGAGACUAUGUGUCGCGAAUGGCAUCUCAAAUCGAUGCGGUGUACUCCAAGAUGUCGGAGAAAGAAGCCGAGUGCUGCGUGAGCGUAAUGGUUCACGCGGUUGGGCGAGUGACAGCAGCGGACCAGCAACAGAAAGCAGCCACCACGCUCGCAGAGGCCCUAUGCAAGUCCGACGACCACGCCGAGGAGCGGCUGACGGCGCUCAUGUCGCUGUACGGCAUCCUAGCCGGCGGGCAGCAGCAGCUUGCCGUACUGCUGGCGGCUGCCAGGUUCGCGGCGCGUAACGCCAACAAGUGCCGGAGCGCGUUCAGCGCAGCUGUUCGCGGCAAGGCCCCCCGAUUGGUUUCGGACUGGAAGCUGGGGCCGCAGGAGGCGCGUGGCCUGUACCUGGCGCUGGCGGCCGCUCUGAGGGGCGCCCCCGACCGGCCCACCACGCGUGAGCACCUCUCUCUGGUGGCUCAGGCGCUGUCACUGCCCGCGGGAGGCGACCCGCAGGCGCCGGAGGUGGCGGAGGCGGCGGCGGGGGCGCUGGCAGACUACCUGCGCAGCCCCUCCAUCUUCACGCUAGACCUGCUGCCCCUGCCCGGAGUGGCGGCCCUGGCCUCGCACCCCAAGUACGGCCCGCUGCUGGCGCUGGUGAAGGCGGUGCUGGCGGGCGAUGUGGCGGGCACCCGCUCCGCCUCAACCCCCGCCGCCCUGGAGGCUGCGGGUGCGGGCGUCACCCCCGAGUCGCUGCUGAGCAAGGCGCGCAUGACGGCGCUACUGGCGACCUGCGCGGCGGCGGGACACGGCGAGGUGGCGCUGUCGCAGCUGCGGCAGGCGCUGGAGGUGGAGGAGGACCAGGUGCAGUCCUGGAUUGUUCGCGCCAUUGGCGCCAAGCUGCUGGAGGGGCGGGUGGACUCGGUGCGCGGAGUGCUGGCCGUGGCCCGCUCCACGCACCCCGCGUUCGGCAAGGAGCAGUGGGGCAGGCUGGCGGCCCAGAUGGCGGCGCUGAAGGAGACGGUGGCGGCGGCGGCGGCAGCCAUGGGGGGUGGAUUGUCUAGGUGCGCGUUUAGGUUGUGGCAUGCACGGUUUUGGGAGGAGCAGGAGAGGCGGGUUGGCGGAGGGUAUGGCACGUAUGCAUUGCAGGAAGGAACUCGGGUUGGUUGAUCGAACGAGCUGAGUCGCAUGGGUGUUCUGGAUGGUAGAGGUGUGUGAAGGGGACUUCUUCCAGCUUCAUGAAAGGAGGAUGAGGGAGCGGGCUCGGGAACUCAGAUGUGCAGCUGAUGAAGAGGCGCAUGGGAUAUAGUACGGAC